AGUCUCUUUAGAAACUUCUCCAGGGGAAAAGUGUUGGGAGAUCUACAAAGUGGAAUUCUUUUUUUUUCUCCUUCUUUUUUUUCCCCCCUCCUCCCUCCUUCGUUCUCUUUCUACUGCCGACUUUGUAGAAAUCCUCCAACUUUUACAGAAAACCUCUUUGUUGUUCUUAACCCAAUCUAGGAAGAGGAGGAUAAGGGGGGAGGAAAAAAAUUGCAGCCAGUCCCAUGCUAAAUCUCUUCUUGACAAAGCCCAGCUCUACCUGCUUUAAUGCUACUUCUCUCCAGGCGUUUUUUCAUUUGCUGCAGAUAAUAUCAGGACAGUCGAAAAGAAGCUGAUUCCCUUCUCUGCUUCCUCCUCAGCCUCUCUUGCAGACGUUGCUUUUUUGAGUGAAGCCUGUGGAUUAUUAUUAUUAUUUUUGUACCUCUCGGUGUGCAGCUUCACCAAAGCUCUCCUGGCUCUUCUCUUCCCCCCCUCCUUGACUCCCCAACCCACCCUCUCCAUUUCCAACCUGUUGCAUGCGUAAUUCUUGCAACUGCAGAUUUUGACAGCCAGGUUUUGUUUUUGCAUUCCGAUCCUGAAUCAUUUCUGAGGUGGAAAAGCUCUUUUGGAAUCUAAGGAAGGAGACACUUUUUUUCGUUCUUUCUUUUUGAAAAAGAUUAUUUUCCUAUUUUUCUAUACAGAAAAAAAAUUUUUUGCAAAAGAAAUAAAAAGAGGACAAUUGAUAUUGCCUUGGGUGCCUGCCACGCUGCAUGCCUGCCUGUGCCUUGAAGAUGCUCGUGACCCAAGUUUUGCUCCUCUGCCUCUGCCUGGGGCUGUCCCAAGGGCUGGGCUCCUUUGUGCACUGUGAACUUUGCGAUGAAAAAGCCCUUUCCAUGUGCCCUCCCAGCCCGGUGGGCUGCGAGUUGGUGAAGGAGCCCGGCUGCGGAUGCUGCAUGACCUGCGCCCUGGCUGAAGGGCAGUCUUGCGGGGUGUACACCGAGCGCUGUGCCCAGGGCAUGCGCUGCCUGCCACGCCAAGGUGAGGAGAAGCCCUUGCAUGCCCUGCUGCACGGCCGAGGGGUCUGCCUCAACGAGAAGAGCUACAGGGAGCAAGCCAAGAACGGUGAGUCCUGCCCCUGGGCCUUGGCUCUCGAGGGGGGCGGUCACGGGGCACCUCUUCAUUUCGCUCCACUCUCUUGCCUCUGCACAUCCCCGUCCGCCACCUGCCAUGCUCUCUAAGCGCCCUCUGAACAUCUUUCCCUGCUGUCUCCUCGGAUGCACCACCUAUCCCAUCAGGUCACCUUUCCAAUCCAAUUACGCCCAGGUCACCCCCACCCCACCCCGCUCACUUGCACCUCCCUUACCUUCCAUGACACAUAAACCUGUGCAACCUCCACAGCGCUGCCCUAUGUUCCUCCCUUGCAGCGCAUCUUAACCUUGCUUCACCUGCAAGUGUGUUUUCCUUCUUUACCCAACUCUCACCUGGUCACUCUUCCCCUCCCCAAGCCUGGGCUCCUUAUCUCCCAUUGCAUAAUUUCCCCCCAUCCUUAUUAUUACAUGCCUGGUUUCUCACUCAGAUGAAUUUUCCACCCCACCUGUAGCCUCCUUGACCAUCGCUUCACACCUCCACCUUUCACACUCCCACCUCCUCCUUUGGUCCCUCCAUGAUCCUGUCACAUUUUAGUAGCAGUCUAUCUUCUCUGCUUUUUAUUUUUAAUGCUCUGCAUGUAUUUGGCAAGAGCACUCAGACAGAUACACCCCAUCAAGUCCCGUUCAGUUCAGGCUCCAUACCUUGUGAGUGCAGCCCAGUCCCAUCUCUGUCCAAACUUGAGAGUGGCUUUUUCCUUGUGAUGCAUCUGAAUGUUUUGAUGGGACAUAGAAAGGAGCAGGUGCAAUACAGUAACAAAAAAACGCCGAAGAAAAGAAUACUUUUGAACAGGCAACUUUGAUAUAUGUUUUAGGGGGGUGAAGAAGCCAGCAUUUCCUAACCUGUAUUCCAUUUGAGCCAUUUCUUCUUUUUUGCACACCUGGAUGCAAAAGAGAGCAUUCUCUCUCCCAAAACAGCCACUGAUUUGCCCCCCUCCUCUUUCCAUCUUCUGCAAAAAAACAAAUAAACCCCAAAACACACCAGGCAUCUGCUUUCUGCCAGCAUGCCUGUUGCAUCCAUACAGUGAAGAUUUGCAGUUACAACUUCUCCUUCCCAACACCCCAUAAAUCUUCCUGCUUUUAUGACAACUCCCCCCCCUCCCCCCCCACACAUAGAGCCUUUUCCUUUUCCUGCUGCUGCUUGAAAGCAUUUGCUGGCUUUGGGUUGUCAUCUCAUCCAGCGGAGUGAAAAUAUCCUUAAGAAAACAAAAACAAGUUUCCAAAAUGUCAGGUGCUUCAUUUGGAAGAGGUGAAAGGCGAAGGCAUUUUGCUUGGAUCAUUCCAUAAAGUGGAACUAGUCUGUUAGGCGAGGAGGAGGAGGAGGAGGAGCAGAUACGACUUGAUUUCCUGUCUUGGAACCCAGUAAACUCUGUAACAAUCCACUCACACUAAAACUAUGUGGAAUAUCCCCAUUGCACGUCAUCUACAGUGUGUGUGUGUGUGUGUGUGUGUGUGUGUGGUCAGUAAUACGAACAAUAUGGUUCAGUGCAAAUACGACAGCAUGCAGAGCAAUACACUCUGCUCUUCCUUUGGAGUUGCAACAGUGCCACUUACAGACAGAUGAGACCAGCAACAGUUUGACUUUUUCAUUUAGUUUGAACGUGCCUGAGCGUUUUUCUCUUUCCAUCCCCCUUUCUCAACCCUCCCCCUUCUCUCACGCUUUCGGAUCCAGCUGUACAGCAGGUGCUCCAAAAUUGUCUUUAAGAGGAAUAGCCAACUUCUUAAUUCUUGGGGGCCACUCUGCUCUUCAGACAGCAGUCCUGGGGCUCAAAAGUAUGUAGCUUGAUGCACAAAUAAACCAGGGGUUGUUGGGCAUUGUAAUAAAGUAUCAGAUUAGCCAGCAGAAGCAGCCUUAUGCACAAAAACCCAAACAGUGUUGAAUCUAAAUGUGGCCUCUCCCUCUCAUGCAUGAAGCCAUUAUAUAAUUAUUUUUGUUUCCUGGGGAGGGGGGAGGGCUAAAGUCCUUGCCAUCUAGCAGUUGAUCUCCUGGAGACCAGCAAGGAAGCAUGAUGAUUGGUGGGUCGUGUCCAGUCUACACAUUUAUAGCAAGCCAUUCCUAGUCAAUAUGAAUGGACUACUGUUUUUUAAAACUUUUCUUAAAGUGUCUUGCAAAUUUUGUCUCUAAAAAUGGGUGGAAUCAAAAGGAGAAGAGGAGAAAAAGGGAGAGAGAGAUCUAAAAAUGGCAGCUCAACUACUCCCAGUGGAUUGGCCAUGAACCUAUUUAUUAGGCUGCUGGAGGCUUGUAGGUUAAAGGGUGACAGUUUUUGAGGACUUUGGGGUCAGAAGGUGGACACUGAUCAGAAACAGACCUUUGUUAGUUCUCAGUAAAAUCAGUGCUAUUUUUCUGGAAAAAGAGGUGCCAGAUCUCACUAUGAACACCUCCCUUGUUCUCUAAUAAUGGCAAUGGCACCUGCCUGAGAGGUGCCAGGACUGAGUUCUGGUGAGUUCUGGCUGGGGGGAAAAAGCUCUAAGUAAAAUUAUCAGGAACUGUUGGCAUGACUGCUAAACUGUAUUUUUGCCGUUAAGUUAAAAGUUUCAGACAUGGUGGAUGCUGUGGAUCCUAGGUGUGUGUCGUACUGUGGAAGUGUUGCUCUAGCACUCUGAUGGGGCUGCAAUGACAUUUCCUUGCUGUCCACCUCAUUCCUGUUUCCAAGACCUGCCAGUGAAUUUCAAGGAGCCUCGUUUUGCUCCUUAGUUAAACUUUAAUCCAAUAAUGUAAAAAGCAGCCGUUGAAAAUAAUACCAAAGUCACCUUUUUCUGGAGAUGGGCAUGUGCUGGGAACAGAUGACUUGCAGGCAUAACUUUGUGCCUGCAGGAGCUUCAUAUAUAUAUAUAUAUAUAUAUAUAUAUAUAUAUAUAUAUAGGAAUUUCUGAGGGCAAGGCAUAGGGAAAAUAAAAGCUCUUGGCACCAGAACAGUAGAGUGUGAGAACGGAGAAGUAUAUUUUCAUAGGCAUGUUUCUAAGCAACUGGUGAAAAGGAAAAAUGAAGUUUGACUUGAACUUGAAGGCUUCUGCCAGGUUGGCCAGAAAUCCAAGGAGCAAUAGUUUAGGAAGCCAGUCCCAGCAAUGACCAAAAUUGGCCCAGAGCUGGAAACUGAAGAGAGUGGGGGGGAAGUCAGGCCUGUAUACAAUAAAUUAAGCACUGGUGGGGAGAGGUGGUUGAUUCUUCCUUGUUCUUAAAUGUUCUUCUGCCCUUAUUGCUUUUAAAGUAGGGUUUCCUCUCUCUCUCUCCCCUGACUGUUUCCUCUUCUAGAUGGGCUACAAUCGUCUAAUAGACGUCCUUUUGGAAACAGGGGCUAAUCACUAUACCUCUGCUUGUCCUUGCCCACUGAUAGAAUUGCAUGACUGGCAAGUCUGGUAGAGUGAAGCAGUGGUCAAGCCCACUGAAAGUGCCUGCUCAUUCUAAUUGGCACUGCAUGCCACGGGAUGCUGUUGUUAAUUACCCACACACCUGGUCCAGGGUAGUGUAGCAUCCUGUGCCCAAGGCAACUGGACCACUUACAUCCUGAGUGCCUACACUGAACUGCAUGCUCAACUUCUGCAAGCCAUUAAACAGCAACCCUACCUGAAGCUGCUUUCCACUAUGAUGCUUUUAUUUAUUUAGUUAGUUAGCUAUUUGGUUUUCGGCAAGCCAUUUCCCAGCUACCUUUCUGAUCAUUUGGUUAUAUGCUUAUGCUUCCAUCAUCUGUGGGCAUCCAGUCAUAGGGAGCAGUCAUAGGGAGCUCCCAUAUGCCAGGUCAGACCGUUGGUCUAUCUAACUCUGUAUUGUCUAUAUAUCUAUACUGACUGGCUGUGACUCUCUAAGAUUUCAGAUGGAGGUCUCUCUCAGCCCUACUUGGAGAUAUGAACCUUCCUGCAUACAAAGCGGAUGCUCUGAGCUAAGGCCUUUCCCCCCCCAAAGUAGUCAGGUGGGCGCUGGCAGACCGCAGAAUGAGGCUGGUGGGGCAGAGUCCUUCCAGAAAAUCAUGCAGCAGAAAGAUCAUAGGGCCCAUUCUUCCUGGGACCAAACCAAAUUGGAAUGCGGGGGGGGGGGGUUCAUAUAAUUGAAUACUUAUCCAUGUUCUGUUUCGUUUCAAAGGCCUUUCCUGCAUGCAGAACAUUGGCAGAUCAGGAAGAAGACUGAGUUAUACACCUUCUUCCUGAUAUGCUAGCCUUUGUGGUUCUUCUUUUAAGGUGGGAGAGCAUUCAAUCAUUUGAUUCCCCUACCUGUGUUUUGAAUGGUACGCUAACCUGCUGGAAGUUCUUGAGAAGGGCAUUCAGUCAUCUCAUUCCCUGCCAGCUUUUUGAAGUAGUAUAAUUCCCACCGAGCUUCCUUCUGUCAUUCCAAUGAACACAGUUGCUAACCUCAGACACCAGCCACACCCUCACAGCCCUACCUGAGUAAUGAAGGCUUGCAGAGCAAUAUCCAGCUGCCACAGAAGCAUCCCCUGGUGGCCACAUGCAGAAACAACAACGGCAUUGUAGAAAAUAAUGACUAACAGAAAGAUGGGUUGUGUGAUAACAAUUAAAUCGUUGGUGUGAUUUCCUAAGGAACCAAGCAACAGGAACAAAAUAGCCAAGGUAUUUUCCAUUUUUAUUUCUCAAUUAAAGUCAAUGUUUUUGAGAAUAGAAUGCCAGCAAAUAUGCUUCUUGGUCACUGAGAAAAUAUGGUAGUCGCUUGGGGUGAACAGGCUAAUGGAUAUUUGUAUGCCUAGUUCAGAAACCUACAGCCAACCAACAUGAAUUCAUUUUCUCAAAGAGGCCAAUGAAAUCACCUACAAAGAGAAAAUGAGAAGUGUUGUUUAUUAUUCAUGCCAGUAUCACACAUAUAUUCCUAGGAUCAGUAUAUCCUUCAUAUACAGAUGAGUGGUCAUAUUCCUUGCAAAUAUUUGAAUUGUAGAGUUGGAAGGGACCGCAGGGGACAUGUAGUCCAACCCCCUGCAAUGCAGGAAUCUCCACUAAAGCAUCCUUGACAGAUGGCCAUCCAACCUCUGCUUAAAAGCUUCCUAGGAAGGAGAGUCCACAACCUCCCAAGAGAGACUUUGGCCCUGUGGCUUACUUGCAGGGGAAUUGAUGCAACAGUGAAGAAAUGAAAUGGCAAUCAUAUUUAGUAUGGCUGUUCCGGAUUUAUCCGUUUUUAUUUUAGAAAUGUGACCACUUUUUUCCACCACUUUUUUCCCUCACCACAUCACACAGGCGUUUUUAUUUUUCUGAGAGAAGGCAAUUAGCAGCCCACUCUUUCCUAGGCAUGUUUCUCCACCGGAAGACCCACUGCGGGCUCCUUUCACACAUUACAUUUCCCCCACUUUUUUAUUAAUUGCUAUUUAAUGCAACACAAAAGUGGCACUCAUUCACUUAUAAUUUUCCAGACAAUUUGCACAUUACAUUUUUCAUAUGUGCAUGCACAUCAAAAGAGAAGGGACUGUGGCUCUGGGCCUGAGUACAUCUUUGGCAUGUAGAAGGUCACGUGGUCAGUUAAUUCUCUCCCUGCUCCCUGCAUCUUCACCCAAAGAAAGUUGACAGGCAGCACAGGGUUGGAAAGGGGCCUGCCUGUAUCUUUGGAGAGGUCACCCUAGCCUCAGAAUAGACCGUGCAGAGUUAGAGGGAUCUGACUCAGUCUUUGCUCAAGACUCCACGCCACAUCUUCUGACUUCAUGUAUUUGGUGCCUGCGAUGUGUAAAGCAUCCCAGAGAGGAAUAGGACUCAUGAUUUGAAAAGCACGCAAGGGAUUGCAGAGUUCAGGGGCCCCCAAUUUGCUAACCAGGUCCCCAAACCCACUGGAAGGUGACACAUUUCCUAGAACCCAAAUGAAAGAAGAAGUACUUCUUCACACAGUGCAUAGUAAACUAUGACAUUUGCCCCCACAAGAGUAGUGAUGGUCGCCAACUUGGAUGGCUUUAAAAGAGGAUUAGACAAAUCCAUGGGACUGGUUUCAACUACCUGAUUCCAUUAGUGGAAGCAAGAUGCUGGACCAGGUGAUCUUUUGGCUGGAUCCAGCCCAGCAUGCCCUCCAACAUCUCUCUGAUGAAAAUAGGGACAUCCUAAGGAAAAGCGGGACAUUCCAGGAUCAAAUCAGAAACCAGGAUGAUUUGUAAAUCCGGAACUGUCCCUGAAAAAUAGGGACACUUGGAGGGUCUGGCAGGGGUCUUCUAAUGUUCUUACGUUGCUCUUCUAAUGUUGCUCCAAAGUUCUCUGUUCUUCCCUUCCCUCAUGCCCAUUUAAAAAAAUCUGUGCUGAAGUAAUGAGGAAUGAGUUGAUAAACUACUGAUAGGCUUUCUUACGAGACCAUGAGCCAAUGACAGCUGUUACUAGGGAGGAGGAGAGAGUCUCGGAGGCUGGAUUUUUUUAAAAAAAUAUGUUUUUGCUGUAUCAGCUUUCACAAGACAGGAGAGAAGCGUCGACUUGAGCUUAAGUUUCCUGCGGCUAGUAGUAGAUUUAAUAUUUUAUCAUUCCUUUGACAUGCUUUCCCUUGCACUCCCCACUCAAAUGAGUUUAACAUGGGGCUGGGUAUAUAACAGACACACAACAGCUGCAGCAGGGUGUCUGGGAUAUAAAAGGGGGCAGGUGCACAGCUAGGAAUGGAGGAGGGAGGCCCUGGGUGAACUGGGGUUAGGGGGGUGAGGGUUGGGGCAAGGGUCAUGGGAGCAGCCAGCUGUGUGUGCCUUUGACAAUUGCCAGGAUGCGCUGUCCAUCCCAGGGUGUAACUGGCAACCCUUGGUGAACUGUUCUGUCCCUCUCUUCCUUUCCCUGCAUGAAGCCAAGACAACAUCAAAAAAAAAACCCUCCAGACGUUAAAGCCAAGGCUAGUAGCAACAGGUCUGUGGCUCGCUCAGAAACUGGAAAAACACCAUUCUUUUUUCUUGCUCCCCCCCCCCCCCAUCUACAGAGAUAGGGGGAAAGGGUGGGGGAGAGCAAGAUGUUUAAACUGUCAGGUCCAAGCAAGAAAGCUGAGUUUCUGUGAACUUUGGGGAAGACGGCAGAGUGCUCCAGAGGGAAAAGGUGGCAUGUGGAUUUUGAAGUGGGAACAGGUUUAAGGAAGAGAAGCAAGUCAAACUCCAGAGAAACUCAGAUUUGCAAAAGGUUGUGUGUGAAAAAGAGGAGUACAGGAAGCUUACUUUAUGAAGUCAGGUUACCUUUUCAUCUAACCUGGCUUUAUCUCCUCUGGCUGGCUUUGACUGGUGUUGAGCAGAGGACUUUUACAUCACCUUCUGUCUGAUCCUUUUUCUCUUGAGAAGCCAGGGUUUGGACCUGGGAUCUUCCUGAUUGUCUCUACCACUGAGCCAUGGCCCCCUCCUGAGAGGAAGGAUCUGUACAAUGGAGGCAGAAUUUUAUCCACAAAACUGAUCAGUCAAAAUUAGCUGAUUCAUGUGUUGGAUUUUACAUACAUAAAGCUGCAUUCUAACAUUACACCCCCACAGGAACAUCGAGGGACAUUGGAGGCAGGAUAGGUGCACUGAAUGAGCAGAGGUGACAGGCAUGUCACCUUGCUCCCUUCCAUAUAAUAUGGGCCAGUAUUAUCUGACCUGGCCCCAUACAUGUAUAGUGUUUACUGAAUUGAAGCUGAGUAUCAUUUGUCCAUGUGCUUUAUGUUUGAUGCUCCCCCCAUCAUUUGUAUGACGACGUGUCCCAAUUGUCCACAUAUGAUAACAUGCUUAAAAGGCAGUGCCAUCAAAAAAGGAGACCAUAGGCUGGAAGGGACACCAAGCAUCAUCCAGACUGACCCCCCCACCCCCACAAAACCCACAACAAUAUAGAAUCAUAGAAUUGUAGAGUUGGAAGAGACCAUGAGGGUCAUCUGGUCCAACCCCUCACAUUUGCCCAAUGUGGAACCCACGACCCUGAGAUUAAGAGUCUCAUGCUCUACCGACUGAGCUAUCUUUUGUUCUGCAUGUGAUUUGAUCCACUACAUCAUUGCAGGAUUUUGACACAAUUUAUGAAAGGCAGUCCUAGCAAUUACCAUUUACUCUGGCUUCAGUGCACUCCCACUGCUAACUUUUGUAUCCAUUUGCACUGGUUACCCACAAUGCAGAGCUACCCUGUAGUAGGUGGUUUUUUUCUUUGAGAAAUACAGUAGAUGCUCAGGUUGCGAACGUGAUCCAUGCGGGAGGCACGUUCGCAACCCGCAGCACUGCGUCUGUGCAUGCACAGGUUGCGAUUCAGCGCUUAUGCGCAAAGCGCAAUUUAGCACUUCUGCACAUGCGCGGCCGCCGAAACCCGGAAGUAACCUGUUCCAGUAUUUCCGGGUUUUGGUGCGUCCGUAACCUAAAAAAACGCAAUCUGAAGCAUCUGUAACUCGAGGUAUGACUGUACCGCUAUUUGGUGCUUUUCCCCUUGAACCAGCAUAAGCCACAUUCACGUCAGAGUCAAGCGGAGGUGUGUACGUUUGAGACAGCCAUUGCACAUGUGCCGAUGACAGUUUCAUGAACAGGAGGUGCUGGGGUAGCAGGGGCAGGGAAACCAAACAGGUAAUGCACAUCAGGUGAAGCUAUCGUCUCUGUUGUGUACAACAGCAUGCAAAUGGAACUUAAAAUGCAGCAGGGGAGGAAACAACCUCAUUGUGUUUUAAACCCCCACAUUGUAUAUAGCCUUGGAAAGCAUUCCUUGACUGCAGAAAUAGGUUGCUUAGUAAGUACAUAGGGAUGUCGGCAUUCGUCUUGACCCUCUCUUUUGUUGCCUUCCGAAGAUGCAGAGCAGCAGAACAUGAGCGGCUUUCUUUUCAAGCAAAGCUUGGGGGUUUUGGCAGCAUCCUCCUGGCCAUCCUUAGCUUAUCCAGAAGUAAGCCCUAAUGAGGCCUGCUCUGUACAUGUGGCAAAAUGGGGUGGCAGAAUACUGAAGAGACAGAAUGGACAUUACCACUUCAGGCUACAAGGGAAGUAUGUCACUUUAGAAUGCUCUUGCAUUCCAUUCCGAGUAAAAUUGUGACAUAACCAAGAAAAAGGUUACAGUACUUUCUGGAAUGCUCCUCACUCUGCUACUUUUCCAGUUUUUCAAACCUGUAACACCAACCCUUCUGCAGUCUGGAGCGCGAUACAGGAGUGGGGAACCAUUUUUCAGACAUGCAGGGCUGAUGGACAGUGACUUGAACUGUGCUUUCCAUAGGGAUCACCUGCACAAUCAAGUUCUCCAUGGGGAACUCAGUCACGUGGCCAACUCAGCCGCACUUUCACCUGCCCUGUUGCAUAUGUUAUCAGGUGUGGAGCAGGUGAUCUUGGCCUCACAGGCCAAAUUGGGACUUGUGGUGGGACACAUUUGGCAAUUCCCCACCCUUGUUGAGUGACGACAGAAUUCUACCUCUUCCUUGCCGCAUGAGUAGCAGAUCUGGAUUCAACAAGACUUAGUUCCUAGUAAGAGGGUUUAGGAUUACAGCCCAAUCCUGUGCAGGCUCAGUUAAAAUUAAAUACCCACUGAUUUCAAUAGGGCAUGCUACCAAGCUGUAGCCUUAAACCAGGCUUCCUCAACCUCAACCCUCCAGAUGUUUUGAGACUACAAUUCCCAUCAUCCCUGACCACUGGUCCUGCUAGCUAGGGGUCAUGGGAGUUGUAGGCCAAAAACUUCUGGAGGCUCGAGAUUGAGGAAGCCUGCCUUAAACAUAUGUUUCCUUCUCUUCAAGUAGAAGCUGCUAAGGAAUCACCAAACUUCUACCCCCACUUUGUUUGCACCUUCUGUAUUUUUAAUACCAGUAUGACUUGGACAUAUUGGUCAAUGAUGAGGCUCAUCUCCAAGCUCAACUUCCAUCCUCCUCUGUUCCUUGGCUGUUGAUGUUUUAAAUAAGGACCAUAUAACACUUAAAGAGGUUUAUAUAUGCAGUGCAUACAUGCCCACAAAGAGGGUCUAACAGUUGUUACAUACGGAUUCACAGCAUUAAUGUUUACUGUUAACUGAAGACCACCAACACUGAGAAGUUGACCUAUAUAAGGAAUCCUUCCCACUCGGAUGGGUGUGUGCAUGUAUGCUCAUCUGAAUAUCCUAGGAAUUGCCUUUCCUUAAUUUCAUUGUACACAGGUUGUACAUUGACAAUAAAGGUAUUAUUAUUAGCCCAUCCUCUGCAUGCAAAAUCCACCUGGAUGGUCUCUACUAAACUUAAUCAUUGUAAUCCAAGCAUCUCUGGCAUUUCCACUGUUUGCAAGCCUUUGAAUCAUCCUAGGCUGUAUUUUUCUGCAUUAUUAUUGUUCUGGGUGGGGUUGAUCUGAUAGUUAGGAAUGGCUGGGGGGGGGGUCCUGGCUUAGUGCAGAACCUUAGAAGAAUAGUUGGCCAUCAUCAGAGGUUUCCCAGUCCCAUAGUUUCAUGAUUGCUGCUAUCAUUUCUGUGAUUCUGUCAUUCUGCCUGAACCAACUGAGAUUCACAAUUUCUCUUUGCAGAAGUUGUGAUUAGCAAAACUUUUUUAAAAAAAAAAAGAAAGAAAAGAAAAAAGAAAAAGGCUAGGUGAGGUUCCCUGAAACCCAGCAGUGUCCGUGAAGCAGUGAACCUGAUCAGCUUUGCAAACAUAGCAGUGAUAGCUCUGGCAGAAGAGUUCACAUCGAGAGUUUCGGUGACCAGGUUCCUUGCCAACUCUUGAAGCAGCUCCUGUAGCUCUCCCUUUAAAAACAGUCUUAUCUACAGCAAUUAGCAGCUGAUAAUGCUUGACUCCAUGCUCUGAAAAGCUUCACUGCUGAUUCCUACAGAUCAAACCUCUGCCAGAAGAGCAGGCCAGGCUGUUUGGUUUUCUGGAUAGUUAUUGAAGGUGGCAUAAAGAGGCAGAAGUGUCAUGUUCAGCCAGCAAAGGCAGACCUAGAAUAUGUCUAAUGCUCUUCCAUUGCAAAAAAUAUAAAAAUAUAAAAAAUGUGAGGGUCUCCACCUGCCUUAGGGGCCUUCUGGGUCAAAUCUAGACCUUUGAGGGGUACUCUUUGGCCUCAUGGUUACCAACACUGGACAACAGAUAAGCAUACCAGAGCUGUUCUACAUGGCCAAUGGACUGAAUAGCAGACUCUUAGGGUGGGCAGGCUUGCUGCUCCCCGUCCCCUCACCAAUUUCCUUGCUGGCAGCAGCCUUCUCCCAAAAUUAAUUGCUGAUCAAAGUGAUAUGGCCUUGAAGACAAAAGGAAGAAAUUGAGUAAUUUCUCAUUUUUCAAUUUCCUCUCCUAACCUGUCAGAAUAUCACCUUGUUCACUUGCCAGAGAGAGAAAAAAAGUCUGUCAAUUACUCCGGUGCUCUGACAGAUGAUAAAAGGACCCCUAUCCCCAUGAGCUGUGUCCCAUGUAUUGCCCUUCCACUACAUCACUGGGGGCGGCAGGAGGUGGAACUCUGGGAAUUUUGAGCCUGGCUUUUGAUCUGCAUGUGGCUCCUGCUUUUGAGAGGAGGGAGCCAAGUGUCAGCACCACUGACAGCACUACUCAUCAGCUGUGCAGUGAAGGUGGCUCUUUUUCUGACUCCUGAGCAUAAGAAAAUGGGCAGUUGUACUGCUGCUUCUUUGCACAGCACACUGUGUUAUGGAAUGACAGCGCAAAUGACCAUGGGAAGAAGGGAAAUUAAGAUUCCAUUUCCUUUGCAGGGCACUUUAUGUAUGGGGAAAGAAAUAGCUUCCUUCUGCACAAUAUCCCUGGAAGGAAAGUGGAAAUGUGCAUUUCACAAAUUUAUUUUAUUGCAUUGCAUUGCAUUUCUAUCCCACCUUUUCCUCCAUGGAACUCAAGGUGGUGUACAUGGUUUUCCUUUCCCCAUGUUAUCCUCCCUACAACCCUGUGAGGUAGAUUAGGCUAAGAGAGAGUGCCUGGCCCAUGGUCACUGGCUCUCCCAAUGUGGAGAGCAGGGGCAGAUCAGCUCUUGGCUUUUAAAGUAACUCUGCCACCACCCAAAAAGAAAGAACAUCACCAGCAACCUUGCCUCAUAUUUUUUUUAAUUUAGAAAGGGUAAUGUUGAUGUGAUAAAUAAGUGGGAGCAGCUGGAGAGAAGCCAAUUUUUAGAGCAUGACUUGGAUCGUCUGGGUGGGAAGUUAAUCAGAAGUUAUGGGUAAAAUUCAUGGAACUGAACCGAGUGGGGAGCAGAUGAAUUAAAAAAAUUAUUUGGGAUAAUUUAAAGAAGAAACUGAUUGGCUUGCCUUCUGGGAAAUGUAAAUUUGAGUCAUUUUAAAUUUGCACUUCUGCAUCUAAAUUAGCAUAUGUAAAUUUGUGUGUUUCAACAGCGCCUCCUGUUGUAAAAUAUUUAAGUACACUAGGUUGCAAGGGAGUCAUAUUAAUUGUUAGGAUAGACGUGAUUAAAAGCCAAGCAGCUCACACAGGCAUUAGAAGAACAGAGUGCAACAAAAUGUUGCACUAUGAAAUGCCAGCCAACCUUGUCUGCUUUGAGGGUAUUCCAUUCUGUUUUCCCCCUUCCCCUCACCCUGUAUGUUUGUAUUUUCCACCGCAAGAGCACUCAGGACUCCUCACUGUGCUGUUUUGGUGUCCCUCACAAUAAUUUCCCCCCCAAAAUUGUUUUCCUCCCUUUGCUCUUGCAUAAACCUUGGGGUUCCCCUAAGCCCCCUAAAUGUGGGGAACCUUUGGCCCUCAGGAUGCUUGGCCCAUUGGCCGUGCUUUCUGGCGCUGAUGGGAGUUGCAGUCCAUCAGCAGGGUUCCCAACUGCUGCCAGACCUAAGCCUUCCCUUUUGUGCCUAAUGAUGUUGUUCUGGAUACAUACCAGAUCAGCAAUCAGAGAAGGCAUUCACUAUUGGUAUAGGUAGGAUCUGCCCACCAACAUACUGCAAAAGUUCACUUUCCAAGGCUACCCAAUUUGCAUCUAGGUCCUCCAGUUUGUGUAUGCAAGCUGCAGGUGUUUGCAUGUGCAAAUAAGUACCACCCUAGACUUUCCAAAGGUUGCAGGUGUUGGUGGGUGGCUUGAGAAUUUAACCCACUAGGAACUGGACUCUAUUAGACAAUCCCUCCCAUCUACCCACUGUGUGUUUUAUUUUGAUUCUUUCUUUUUCUUCAGUUAUACCUUGCAGCCCAGUGUGGUGUUCCCAAGGGGUCACCCAUCCAAGCACUGACUUUAGCAAGAUUCAGUACCAUGUCCCUGCAAACCAUCUCCCCACCCAUAAUAGCAGCUACAGGGGGGGAAGGAUUAAACAGGAUUAGACAGGAUCACAACAGAGUGGGAGGAAAAUUAACCCCCUUUCCCCCUUGUGCCAUUUUGAUGAUUAAAAUCCCACCCCCAAGCUGCUGUUUACACUAGGAGGGAGGGAAUGCUUCCAGGUGUCACUUGGGUACCAAUAAAUUUUCCUCUGUAGGCUAAACACUAACUUUGGCAUCAAGUGUGGGCAGGAUUAGACUGCCCUUCUCCAGCACCAGGUAAGGGGCCCUAGAGCACAGUAGGUGUGGGGUGUUUUAAAGGAGACCCUAAACAUAGAUCUCCCACAUCAUGUCUAGCUUGGUCCUGCAUGAGUGUGGUCUUGGUCAGUCCCCCGGAUGGGAAGCAAUUGUGAGUGAGCUAUAAGUACAAUCAGUUAAAAAUCCAUCGAAAAACAUGGAAAUCCAAUGGUGCCUGUUUCCCGGCUGCCGUGUGAACUGUUCAAGAUGCAGAACCUUCAUCUGUGAGUGGGAAUAAUGCUGGCAACAUGGCCCUUACAAUUUGUGAGGACUCUUUUUGUGAGUUCUCCUCCUGGAGGAAGAAGGGAGGCUUCUGCAGAAUGUGGCAGCUGGUUGUGAACCCUGCCAGGGCAAAUUAUUCAACAGCACUUUGUGGCUUUGUCGGGCCAGUCUAUCCAGAGGCGGAGAGAAGGGUGGGGUUAGGGAAGAAUUUGGAAAAGGGUGGGUGGGAAACAGGGUCCAGGAAAAACAAUUUAUUUGUUUGGCAAGCUUCUGAAGAUGCUCCAAAGAAUCCAGAGUUUCUAUUCCCUUACAUUUUUCUAAUUGCAAACACAAGCCAAAGGAGUUGAUGUUGGGAGGUGCCGCAACUGCUUAUUUCUAAUGAGUAAUCUCUAGGCUGUGGACCAAUUACAUACUAAAAGCAGAUUUAGAUGCUGUUUUCUCUUAUUUAUUUGUGCUCAAAAAUACUACAAUGUGAACACACACACACACAAGUUCAAUUCACCACUCUCAAGGGACAUCACUUGAGCUACUCUUUACUUAAGUUUACACUACUGUAAGCCUCCUCUAGUUCCUGGCAAUGGUGCUCAGAGCAAAAGUAAUAUGAAGCACAUAAUUCUGGGACAUAUGCAGACAUCCAGUUGAACUGAGCAUCUUGGUAACAGCAAUUACCAUUAUUCCUGGCCAUUGGCUGGGGCUGGCGGGAGUUGAAGUCCAAUGUGUAGUGUGUGUGUGUGUGUGUGUGUGUGUAGGGCUCACCUACAGAACUGAUUAAUGCUGCUUGGCUGGAGGGCUCCCAAGGUUGAAUGAGCUUAAAACAGGGUCAGAGUUCAAAAUUUUUACCAAAGUUACCCAAGGGGAAACAUCCAUAAUAGUGUUUUUUUCUGUGUGUGCUCACUUGUCCUAACUAACACACAUACACCUUGGUAGGCAAUUCUUACCAUAUACACCAUAGAAAGGAGCCUUGCUGUUAGAGUGACCAGAUGGCUCUGGCAAAUCCAACCAAUAUUUUUAAUUAAUUGCCCCUGAUCCAUUGAUAGGUUAAUUGCACUGAUUAAUCAAAGUAAUGCUUUUAGACCUGGCAAUUUCUGAUUGAUGGAUGGCUUGGAAACCUGUCUGGCUCCCCCUCUGCCACCCCACCCACCUCCCUCCCCCUCCCCCAGCCAAUCGAGGCAAUUUUUCAGCUUUCAGUUGGGUGAAGGAGAAGGAAAUAAUGAUUCUGCUAUUCCUUUGAGACCAGGCCACGCUUUCUAAGGAGCUUACUGUUUCAAGUACCCACCUAUCCAUCACUCAACUCCCCCACCCCCCACCCCUUUCCAGUGUUAUGCCUUUCAGGGAUCUUGUUGAAAUCCCCCCUUUCAGCCAAAACACAAGGACAGAAAUACAUUGUGUAAACAAACAGAGCAAAUAACAUUGUGAAUGGGUUUCCCUAAGUCACCAGGUGUUUGUCCUCCAAGCAGCUGCCCUGGGGGACCAAUCCUGCUGAGCACUGAGAAGCAAUGUUAAGAAGCGGGGGGGGGGGGGAUUGAGGGAGCUCAGAAACCUUGUGUGAUUGAGAUGUUGUUAUGUUGGAUCCUGGGCUGCCUUGUUUGAUUUGUUUUAGCUGUAGGGUUGUUGAUGGAGACAGCCAGUCUGUGUUUGUCAUUGAAGGUAGCAAAGCAACCCAGGUGGAGGUUAUCAAGGGAGCUGCUAAUGUGGGGGUGGGCACUGGUUUAAAAGAGCCUUUUCUGCUUGCAAUGGGAGGUUUCUUAUAAAAACAGCUGAAAUGGAUGUCACGUUUUACAUCCUCCCCAUUUUCAAAUCCAACAUACUGUAUCUAUUUCAGAAAUAAUGUUACAAGAGUACAAGCUUCAACUUUUGGUGCAACAGUGUAAUCCCACAUGCACACCAUAUAUUUAAAGUGCUAGUAUGUGGCUUUAAACAGCAACGGCUUUCCCCAAAUAAUUCUGGAAGCUGUAGCCUGCUAAGAGUGCUGAGAGUUAUUAGGAGACCCUGAUUCUCAGGGUGCUUUAACAAUCAACCCCUCUUCACAGAGAACUCUGGAAAUUGUAACUGUGAGGAGAAUAGGGGCCGCCUCUCAGCACCCUUAACCAACUGCAAACUAGAACUCUUUGGGAGAGAGAAACCAUGACUGUCUAUUGUGGUAUCAUAGUGCUUUGAAUGCAUGGUGUGAAUAUGGUCCAAGUCUAGGACAGCCUUCUCCAACCUACUGACCCAACCACAGAUAUUUUGGACAACAACUGCCAUCAGCCCCAGCCAGCAUGGGUACUUGUCAAGGAGGAUGGGAAGUGCAAUUCAAAAAACAUUUGGAAGGCACUUGGUUGGAGAAGACUGACUGAACAGUUUGUCUCAGAAGUGAGGCCUAUAGAGUCCAAUGCAGGGCCAACCUACAAGGUGGGCUGAAGCAGCCACCUCAGGCAGCAGAACCACAACAGGCAGCACCCCACCCCACUCCACGUCCUCCACUAGUGGAGAAGUAGCAGUAGCAACAACUUCCGACAAAAUCUUGCUGCAAUCUCAUGUGUUCCCUAAGAUCUUACAACAGCUCCACAGGGUCUCACUGAACCUUCUGCCUUUGACAUUUCUUCACAGGUGCUGCCACACGAUCCUGUGACCCUUAAGGUGUUGUUGGACUCCAACUCCCAUCAGCCCCAGCCAUCACAGUCAAUAGUCAACAAUGAUGGGGGCUGGAGUCCCACAACAUCUGGAGGGCCACAGGUUCGCCAUCCCUGGUGUAGACAGUACUGAGGUGAAGGGACCAAUCGUCUAACUUGAUAUAGGGCAGCUGCCUAUGUUUCUAUGUUUCUGGGCAGUGGUGCAGAUUGGACCCAAAAGGAUGGAGCAAGCAAAUGACCUGAAGUGUCUGUGGCAAGGGAGAGAGGCUCAGUGAGGGUAUCUUGCCUGAAGACACACACAUAUACUGCCAUCACCAAAUAAAAAUAUGGAGCCAGUAUUGUUGAAGUAUAAUCUGUAGCAUGAGACACUGAGGAAAAGCAAUCAAUAUGCAAGUGAGCAAUCCUGUUUCAUGGGCUGAGUGCUUGCCCACCUAUUUAGCAGAUGGUUGGCAUCACUCGGUUGUCACCAUUGACUUGACAGUGAUAGACCCAUAACAUUCAUAACACAUGGUGCAACUUUAUGGCUGUAAGAUUCUGCUGUAUCAUCUACUGCUGGCAAUUAAAAUACUACCUUGUACAGCAAGCCAAGAGCAAACUUUGCAGAGGGACGGGAGUUGUGGUGAGGUCAAAAGGGAAUCGCAGUUGUUGGCACCCUUCACUUGCCAGAGACUAUGUGUUGUUUGCUGAGUGUUUUGUCAGCUAAAUUGUACUUCACAUUUUUACUUCAUUUUGGAAUGUGGUGUGUGUGUGUAGAGUGAGAGCUAUGUAUUAUUGCUUCAGGCAUGGAAAAAUGUACUUUUUCUGGUGCUGUGAGGAGCGUGUGUGUGUGUGUAAUCUCCCCAAGCUUUCUACAAAGUAUUCAAGGCAUCUAACAAGGACAAAAUUUAAAUAACAUGAUAUAUGUACAUAUGUAUAUAUAUGUAUAUAAGGUACAGCAAUAAUGCAAGCCCAUAAUGCGGCAGAAUUAAACAAAUCAAAACAAACAGAACAAAAUCCUGAAGAAGCAGUGGUGGAGAUAAGCUACAUUUCUGCUUGUCACACAGCUGUCAGGAGUCACCGGGGCUCUGCCAAAUGAGAGAGAGAGAGAAGUUGGCAACCCUACACUUCACAUACUGCAUUCUUCACAACACGCCGGAGUGACUCAGCAUAAACCAAGCAGAUUCUUCAGAGCCUAAGUGGUCCCGUUAGAAUGUCAGGAACGCUUUUGGUACUCAAUAUAGCACAGCACAGGCAGUGAAGUGCAUUGUGGGAUUUGUUUGGCUGGCUUUGAAUUAUUAUAAAGUGGGUCACCGCUUCCCCAAGCUCACAUCCCAGCAGAAUCUGUGUCUUUAACAGCUGUAUUACGGUCAAAGCUCAACAGGUAUAUCUUUUUCCCAUGUAGGGGAACUACACUUGUUGAAUUUCUGCUUUUCAAGCAGCUGUUAAAGGCACAAGACUUCUGACUAGAAAAUGGGGAGGGGCGAACCUGAGUUGUGUCAGUUACUUGAUUGGUGCCAUAAUGUUUUCAAACUUUGCUAUGCAGUGGGUCUAUCGCAUUGUCCGGUAGUGGCCACUAAAACCUCACAAAACACAGUAUGAGGAAGUGGGUCUCAUAGGUUUUUAUAAAGUCAAGAUGAGAAGAUCAAAAUCUGAAACGGAGGGCAAUCCACAGACAUAUGAGGUAAACCAGGAGAAAUAGGCUAACUCGGUGCUCAAAUUUUAGAUGGCUAGUAGGGCUGGCUAUGCCCUUUUGGGGUCUUUUUACAGCUGCUGUUUUUAACGAUAGCAGAAGUAGAAUGGUUUGGCUAAAAUGGGGAGGGGUGUCAGAGGGUGGGGCUUGUAGAUUUAAUAAAGAGUUAAUAGGUUAAGUCUUUAUAUAGCUUUACAUUAUGGAAAAGUGAGGAACCUCUGGCCCUCCGGAUGUGGAUGGAUUAAAACUUCCAUCAUCUGUUGCUGAUGAGCAUUGAGAUUCCAGCAAUAUCUGGUCAUUGCAGAUAACUGCAUUACAGUGCUACCUAGAUUUAAUAGCACUAUCUAUUCUGGAAGUGGGAGCAAAGUUUGAGAGUUCCAGGUGAACUUUGCUUGGAUUCUCUCCAAUCCUAUCCUGUGUGUGGUUGUUAUUACAAGACAGUUUAUUAUCUUUCAGUGUACGUGGAAGCAAUGCUUUCCUUGAUUGAGAUUUGCGGUUCUUGACUUACUUACUUUUUAAAAAUCUUCUACGCGAGUAUGAUUUUGCAUUGCUUUCUAUUUUUAAGGAUUUUUUUUUAAUGGGUUGGAGUUUAGGAACAGAUGACUAGAUCUGUGGUGGGAUAAGCAGCCUACAGGGAAAAUAGAAUCUUAAUCAGUUGGAGGGUUGGCAUUCAUCAGCGAGGCAUCAAUCAAAGGAUGCUUUUAGGUGUGGGAUAUUCUGCCCUUGGGUGUCUCUUCCAGCUCUCUGAUUCUAAGAACAUUUUGCUUCACAGACAUUGUCAAGUGUAGUGUGUGUCUUCCCUCCUUUAGAUUCUUCUUUCAGACAUUGCUAUGCUGAAUUUCCACUUGUGUGCAUAGCAAAUCCUCAUGGCAGUGCCUCCUUUUGUAAAGUUUCAGCUCCUUCUCCUCCCCCUCCUAUUGCAUAAAUCCUUCUUAAUUCCACUUUGCAGGUCAAGAGGUAUUUGCAUGACUGGCCUUUUUCGGUCUGAUAACCUGAGGAUCAAUAUCUGCUGUUACAUAGGGUCUCUGUGGUAUGAGAACUGCAGGGGACAGGUCCUGUAAAAUCAGCAUAUCGGAGCCCCGGUACAAAACACAUGCCCAGAAGGGAUUUUGUCUACACUCUUUUGUGCUUCUCCAUCGAUCAGGAGACACAGCACUUUCUUAAGAUCACAUCUCUUGUCUCCCGUGUGCACCUAGAAGGUAUAAGCAGAGAGGGGGUGCAGUUUGCUACACAGACACUUGACCUCUAGGAACUGAACUGUGAUGAAUUCCCAUACCCUUUUCCCCUUAGCUGGACACCAAACAGCUGUCCCCCGAUAACAGCUUUCACUCACCACUCGCAUGGCUGGGAGCCCAAACCAGAGCCUUAGAAGCAAAAGAUCCCUAUCCAAUUACCACCCCUUGGAGCUGAUUCUAAACAUGCAUGUCUUCUCCUCCUCCCCUCACCCAGCCAUUUUUAGCUAGCAGAGAGACACUUCUGGUGGGGAUCCCAUUCCAUGGAAUGCAUGCUUCCAAGUCUAGAGAGUUGUUGAUAAUCUAUACUGAAAAUCCUAACAGGGAAAGUGGGGUUGUUCUUUUUUCUUUCUGGGGAGCAUACAUAGGACAUUAUUGCCGUACCAUGGAAGCACUGAGGCAGCAUGGAGAUCACAGGGAAGGGUCGUAGUGAUGUAAUCUCCUCAAGCUGGCCUGGCAGUUCCCAGGAGGAGGAGGAGGAGGAGGAGGAGGAGGAGGAGGGAUGCUGAAUUCAAGAACAAGAGAGCAUGAUAAUGACAGGUAGCUGAGCUGUGGAAUGCAAGAAUGCAAUCCUAACAUGUCCUUCCCCAACCUGGUGCCCUCCCAACAUUGUUGGACUACAACUCCCAGCAUUCCUGCGCAUCAGGCCAAGCUGGCUGAGGCUGAUGGGAGUCCAAAAAACAUCUGCAGGGUUCCAGGUGCAGUCUUAAGCAAUUAUUAAAUGUCAACACUGAGUCUCCAAUAGGACUGCCAACCAACAGCGGGUGGGGAGGAGAAAGCUACCUGGCUAGAUUUAUUUUCAGACCAGUGAAAGUUAGUUGCAAGGCCAGCCCCCCCCUCCUCCUUCAGUCCUUUUCCCUUAAAAGAAGUGGGACACAUGUGAACAGGCAACUUUUGUGUUAUGCUCCACCACCCGCAGGUUGGCUCUGCCGCUAGAUUUGCUCAGGGUUCCACCCCCAGGUCUCACCCAGUAGCAGAAUUUUUGAUUUUAAGAGUUGGCAACCCUAAUCUCUGGAGCUUGCCAAGAACACAUUAAGCAGUCAGCGAAGGCAGUUGCAACCUUACAAUGGCCACGCCAGAUCUAUGGGGUUGUUAUUAAACUAAUCUAGACCAACCAGCAUUUCAGAUGGACUGAAUAAGACAUGGGACAUCAUGUAUAUGAACAAGUUGACUUUAGAUAAUUUGAAGAAAGUAUAGGCCUGAGGAAAUCCUUUUGGUAGUAACUGGAACACUGGCUUUGCAGAACCUAUCAAUUAAUGGUGUACAUUUUGAUCUAAUGACUGGAGUCCAUUGAUGAAUGACUAUCUUUCUUUAUUUCAAUAUUACGACAGUAAAGGACUCUUAAAAUUAAAGAUGAAAGCAAUUGAACAAUACAUUAGACAGGUACAUGUUGCUCCUGCUGGGUGGGGCCCAGAUCCUGAAAGAUACCCAGGAGCAAGUUAAGGCUGAAAUUCAAAACCCAUUUACUAGGAAGCAAGCCUCCUUGGACACUGCAAGUAGUGCUUCUCUGCAAAUGACCAAUUGCCUACCGAUAGCUAUGCUAAAAGUGUUCCUUUGAGCAGAAUCAAAGACAUCCCAAUUGCACAUCUUGUAACACUUUGACUGUUGGGCUGACAAAUGAAAUAGUCUGGUGGAAGGUCCCCCCCAUAUUCUCUAAUUUUUCUGACUUCACCUCUCACUUGUAUUUCUAAAACUCCUCUGAGCACCUGUGAGUAAUCUCACUUUGUGCCUACAACCUGCCAAUAUUUCAAGCUCAUUAAGAAUAUUCAUUGGUUUUCCUUUUAACCUCCUCUAAGUGAAUCAAUGUCUUUUAUAUUAUAAACAAUAGGUUCAUUGAUAGUGGGAAUUAAAGCGCCCCUUGAGCUGGGGGUGGGGAAGGGGUAGAAAAUUGAAGCCUACAACGGCAGUCUUUCCCCAUGCUAAGGGGUUAUAGUGAGUUGCACAGUAGAAAAUUAAGUGUGAAUGUUUUUCCAGGCUCCUUUGACAUAAUUUCAUUUAAAAAGCAGCAUUUUUUCUACUAGGUGCAAAAUGAACUAAACAUCCUAGUUGUUAUAAGUAUUACAAUUGGGCUCCAAUAAUUUAUCCCAAGCCUUACAAGUUCAAGCUUGCAGAUGGAAAUUUUUGAUCCCCCUUUUAUAUCAUUUUAUGGUUAGUUUUUUUAUCAUGCACGACCAAGAAUUGCUUUGACCUUUCCCGCAGCUCUGUCAAAACUGCCACAAACAAGAGGAUUGUUCUCUUCUCAUUGAAUUUCAUGGUGUGUGUUUUUAAAAUGAUAUUGUUCCUAGUGCAUUGCUUGUUUGUGCUUUUUUGCAGUAUGUUGUGUGAUUCCUCCCAGUUUAGUGUUACCUGCCUCUGCAAGUGUUGAUCAUUGGCCUAGUAAUGGAAAUGAGACCUUUGGUUUAGCCACUGGCCCAUUCAACAGUUUGUUCAAUGCAACAGUUUCUUCAAACUUCUUGAACACAGAGAUAUCAGAAUGAAAUUUAGUAUAAGUGUUGAGGACACACUUCUUUGUUUCAGGCUCUGGUACCAGUUCAACUUCCAAACCUGUUUUUCAAAACCGUGAAGGUAAAUGGAAAAUCCACUGUCCUGUGAUCGCUGCUUUCGAGACUGAGAUAACUAGAAUGAAAGUCAGUGUACAUGUUCAGGGCACCAUUUUACACACCAAGUUCAUACCCAGUUCCACCAAUCCCUGCUUCACAAGCUCUUAACAAGCGUUGACAACCAACAUGUGAAAAUAUGACUAGCACCCAAAGCAUUUUCCAACCCUUUGGGUAUGAGCUGCUGCCCUCACUUAGAAGCCAAAAAGUCCCUGGGACUUGACCAUAACUCAUUCUUUGGCCUCGUGAGCUAUGGCUUGGCAGUUAAUUCAGCCUUGGCUUGGCAAGCUGGAAACUGACACUGAUGCUCUUUUGGAAAUUCAGAGGCGUUGACAUCACUAGCUGACAUCAUCAGGGUGUGGGUCCCAAGCAUGAUCCUAAGAUGUGAUGGUUCUUCAUGUUCUAACUGAUCCAUAUUCAGCCUCCCGCUGUCUCUGCAUGGGCUUUCUCUUCUUGCCUCCAACUCAAUGGCAACCGGAAUCCUUGCUUCACCCCUUACUGCCUUAAGGGCUUCAUCUCACUUUCCAGACUGUCUAGAAUGAGGCCUUUUGUUUGAAGGUAUUAUUAUCCAGCUGUAAAGGCUCCCUUUCUUGGAGUCCAAAGGGACUGCAAAUUUCAACCACUUAUACUGCUUCCCAGUUAAUUCAAGGAUGAAAGUAAAGGUGGGUUUUUAAAAUAUAUAUUAAAAAACAAAAACGAUGACGCACCUUCUCAGGCAAAAUAUUGCAUGUAAUUUAAAUGAAUUAACUUGGCAUAUUUGGUAACAAGGUGAAGGUCACAUAGUCACAGUUCUUGCUUGAGCUGGGUAGAGCUUCUAGCUCCAUCUCAUCCAAGGAAGAAAGAUUGCUUUCACCUUAAUAUUGUCAAUUUCAGCAUGUUAUUCUGCAUGGCCCUGUGGGUAAUUGGAAUAGUCUUUGUGAGUAUGGAGAAACAUCAUCCCUAGCAGGACAUUUAAGCAGUUUGCUCAGAAAUUAUCCCAUUAAUCACAACUCUCCAGGAGGCAAUCUGAGCAAAAGGAAUAUCUAUGAGCAGGUGAUUCUGAUGACCCAUUGAGGCAUAAAGUUUUCUUAUGUAUCUGCAUAGGACGUGGAGUAAUAACCCACAAAUCAGAAACUCAUGAGGAAUAUCCUGACUAUCUAGUUGAUAAAUAGUCUACGUUGCGGCACAGUUAUGUAAACUUAGUCUCUGGACUUAAUUGUCUUAUGGGGAGCCCUCUUUGACUGAUAAUGGCCUUGUUUAUGCACCACAGCUAUCACAAAUGUGUGCACUCUGAGAAAGGUGAUCAUGGCUGCCUUGCUUCUCCCAAGUCAUUCUGCUGAUGGACUGUGGUUUGGUUUGGCUUGGCUUGGCUUGGUUUGGCUUGGUGUAAAGCAGGGGUAGCCAACUCCCAAGAGACUGUGAUCUACUUACAGAAUUAAAAACUGGCAGUGAUCAACCCCCUGGUUUUUUGGGGUUCAGAUCAAAGUUGUUGAGCUUUUUUAGGGAGGAGGAAAGCCCUGUUUUUAAGGGUUUCGGGGAAGAAAGAGGAACAGCCACUCACCAACAGAUUGCUGGGGAAACAAACAGCGUCAAUGAGUAAACUCCGCCUUCUGUUCUGCAGAGCGUGCAACAAUGGAGGGCGGAGCGACGGGGACAGAUUCUCUUUUACCCAGCGAUUGACCGUGAUCUACCAAAACCUCCCAGGGAUCUACCAGUAGAUCACGAUCGACCUGUUGGACAUCCCUGGUGUAAAGCAACUUGAAUCAGUGUGUAGGUGAUAGACAGAAAUGCAACCUAUUUGUCGCCUUGUUUAUUCCUUCUUGAGUAACCACUCAUUGUCAUGUUGAGUGUGUCUCCUCAGACUUUACUUCUUCCUUCUUCUUGUUGCGUUAGUAUUACUUUCCUUUUUGUUAACCUCAUGACUCCAUGAAAGCCACAUAUUAACUUGUCCUCAGAAUGGCUUUGUUUGCUAGGGAUAAUAAACCUUAAGCGGUCUUACCAAACUAUUUAUUCCUGCAGUCAACUGCAAUAUAUAUACCAAAUUCAAUAGGUUUAGAAUCUUGUCCACACCCAGGGAGCGUUUUUUGCCCCAGAUGCCAAAGAACUUGACCAGACGAGUCACGUACGAGCCUUGACCAGGCGGGAAGAGGCACCAUUGCUAUCCCACCUCAGAGGCAUCCCCUCUUCUUUUGCCUGCAGCGCUGAAUAAUAAAAUCCAUGUUGGUUUUUUAUGUGCCCCUCAAAGCCAUUGCAGAUUUCCUAGGGACUCUUCUUCCAUCCAGGCUGGAGAGGCAAGAGGUUGGUGGUACAUGGAGAUUAACAGCAAAGUACCAAAGGAGAGGGGGACCUCAUAGAUUGUUUAGAAAACACUAAUGUGUGGUUGACGUAGGUGGUGGAUCCUGAUUGCAUCAAGUGAGCGUCGCGCAAAAGCCCAGCUGGAGGGCCAGCUCAGGUUCAGGCAGUUUGAGUGAGCCUCGAGAACCAGUCGGGGAAUCAGGUAUCAGCGCAAUGCGGUAUCAGUGACACAGCCCAGGCCGAGUGUGUGUGCUCCACCGGAUGCAACCCGCUCCUCUGCAUUCUAGCCGAGGGACAUAUGAUCCCUGCAUAAUCCUACCAAGCUUCUGUGCAAGGAGAGGAAAGGAGAAGAGACCUCUGCCCUUCAGAAUUCCAGCUCUCCGUUCCCUCAACUCCAGGCAGCCUUUAAUAUCUGAGUUUCUCCUCACCACCAUCACCGCUACCCUUUUCCUCCUCCCCCCUCCCCACCACCCCAUUUCCACUAUAAAUGAUAGAUGUCUCGUAGAUUUUCCUACAGACAGAGACCACCAAGGGGUUGCUAAGCUGGCUAAAUUUCAACCAGUCGAACCAGUUUGCAGCUAAGCCUGCCACCUGGCUGAGGUUUCUUCUUGCUUUCAAAAGCUGACGCCUGCUGAGCGUAUGCACAGAGAUCCAUGGAAAACUGCAGGAUGUCCUUUGCUUGCGAUCUCUCUUUUUCCCCUCCACUGGCAAGCUGCGUGAGGCAGGGAUCCAAAAGAAAGGUUGAAACUGAAUUUUGGCAUCACCAAUGCAUGUGCAGAUGCACACACAUAUACUCCUCGCAAUAGCAACUAAAGUUGCCAUUGCAUCCAAAUCUAAUGCUUCGGCAUAAGGUGACUAUGUGCUACCUUCAGGAUCUUGCCUUUAAAUACCAGUUGCUGGGGGAUGCAAGUGGGAGAUGGCCAUUGUGCUCACAUCCUCCUUGUGGGCAUCCCAUGUGUGUCUAGUUGGCUACUGUAAAAACGAGGUGCUGGAGACAGAUAGGCCUUUGGUCUGAUCUAGCAGGGCUUUUCUUACAACUGAAAAAAGACAUCUUGAUCAGGUUGCAAACCCCUAUUCUUGCAAAUCUCUAUGCUUCCCCAUAUUUCUCUUUCUGAAAUGCAUUUUCUAAAAAAGUAUCUAUAACCUUUCCCUGUCUUUAGGGUGCUGAAAUGCAGAAGAGAAGAGAACGUCUGCAUCUUUAAUAGAAUUUCCUGCAAUUCUCUUUUCUGCACAACUAGUAAAGGUGCAGAAGCUCUGCCUUCUUUUUGCAUCUGGCCACCCCUAGCACCACUGCAUGGGGUGCAGGUUGUUGUAUGCUAAUUGCAUUUAAAAUGUGAAAAACCAUGAGUUUGCAUCUCUUCCAUAUCCAGCCUAGAUGAGGCAAUUGUAAUAUUGCAGGGUCUAGAUAAAGGACUGGGUCUACCCAUGCAGCAGAAUGACGUGAAGGGGCAUCGGAAUGGUAGAAUGGAAUGGAAUUCAGCUGAAAGAUCACGUCUGAGUCACCAGCACUCAGCACCACAGCAAGUUAGAACUGCUGUCCUUGAUGUAAUAAUUUACUACUUGUGGGGUGUUUUUACAUGGCAGGUGAUAUAUUUGCCACCUGCAUUGAGCAGUAUACACUGCAUUCUUCUGCCUCAGCUUUCUACCAUUUCAUUCUGAAUUUCAAGACCAGCCCAAAGCCACUGUUGGUUUUCCCAGCAGUGGCUCUCUUGGUAGCUGCUGUGGGCAUGACUUCUCCUGCAGAGCUAGCCAAGACGGUGCUGCCUAGAUAUUGGUGGGCUCCACUUCCACCAGCCCCAUCCAACAUGGCGAGUAACCAGGGUUGGGGGGAGCUGCAGUCUAACUGCAGGCACCAUAUUGGCUACAUCUGGUUGUACUGUAGCUACACUCACAAGGGAACCAUGGGGCUAAAUAAUUUCCUUUUUGCACAGCCAGCGAUCAAGUUUUUGGAUGUGGGGAAAGAAGUGUCUGCCUAGCCAUUGUUGCAAUGAGAUGCUGGAGUAGGUGGAUCUUUGAUCUGCACCAGCAGGGCCGGUCUUGUGUUCUUAUGUUUAUGGUCACUUGGCUGCAUGCUGGACUCAAUGACUUGCCACCUGAGCAUGGGGAAAGUGAAGGAAGAUCUAAGACACACAAGAGGUGAAUGAGAGAUAGUGUGCUAUAUAGUUCAGGGCGUUAGUAACCUUCUCCCCACCACACUAGCACCCCCUUUCUGAUCUUCUCCCCACCCACUGACCGCCCCUGUGGCUGCUCAUAUCUCCCCUCUGAUUACCAAAAGGAAUUAGAACCUGGCCAGCACUUUCCUACCCUGGCUUGCUGACAAAUUCCAGAUUUAAAGAAUUGUUUAUACUUUCUGUAAUUUAUAACUUAACUGUGUGCCCAGAUUCUAUUUCCCGGGCUGAUACGUGCGCUGCUGGUGCCCUCUUCGGGGCAAUAGAUAAUAUUGCAGCCAAUGUGGAUAGAUUGCUUCUAGGCACUAGAAAAGGACUUACUUGGUGAAGGAAUGUGACCAUAGACACACCACAGCUCUGCAUAAAGGAGGUGGUCUUAUAGCUGUGGUUCACUAUUCCUAUGCCACACCCAUGGCAAAAUAAAAAGCCUAACUUUUGGGCCUCCAAAUGUUGCCCACCAUUCCUGACCAUCAGCCAUGCUGGCUGGGGCUGACGAUAAUCAUAGUUCGACAAUAUCUGGAGAGCCACAGCUUAGCCACCCUUCCUCUACAGUGGUACCUCAGGUUACAGACGCUUCAGGUUACAGGCACUUCAGGUGACAGACUCCGGUAACCCAGAAAUAGUACCUCAGGUUAAGAACUUUGCUUCACAAUGAGAACAGAAAUCACGCGGUGGCGGCAACAGGAGGCCCCAUUAGGUAAAGUGGUACCUCAGGUUAAGAACAGUUUCUUUUUUUUUAAGAAUAAUUUUUUAUUAACCGACCAAUCACAUCAAAUCAAACCAAAUUACAUAAAUUCCAAAUUACACAGCAAAAUUUUAAAUUUUUGUUGGGGGUGCCCAUAUUUCAAGUUCCAAAGGGAUCCAAUCAACUUCUUGCUUCUUACUGCUGUUUUAAUGUCCACAAAUCUAACCUUAUGAUGUUCACAGUACUAUCCAGUCCUUUCUUAUUAUUUUUCCACAUCUCUUGUUGUUAUUUUCAUAUAUUUUUUCUUUCUCUUUGUGAUCUCUGAUAGUCUCCGCAAGCUGGUUAGAACAGUUUGCAAUCCUGCGUGGAUAUUAUUUUUUUUAUCCAGUAGCCAUAUCCAGACGUUUUCCAUACAACAUCACUUCCAUACAUCAAAACAGUCUUAGCGUCAUUAAUCUUCACCAAUCUGCCUCCUUUCUCAAAACCUCUGAGGAGAUUCACUAGGAAUGCAGUCUGAAAACAAAUCCAUUCUUCCUCCCGGCUGUAAAUCCUUUGGCAAGAUGGCGACUCCGAAUUAAUUGCUGCGCCAUUCCCAAAAGCUCUUAUUGCUUCUCGGUCUCCAUAAAGCAUACUUUUGGUUAAAGUUUAUCUCCACACAGACCUUAAUCAUCCUGCUUGGGUCAGUUCAACCGACGGUUCUAAUGAGGAGGGGUUCUUGUAAAACACAUAGAAGGAAAGUAAAAAUGUCCCCCCAUUCAGCCCCGUUGUCAACAUACCCCGCCUUUGGUGUAUCUUCAUCGUAAAAUAUUCCUGUUUCUCCAGCCCGUCGUCUUCUUUCGCAGAGGUCACUUAAAUUAGCAGACCUCACUCCCUUCUUCACUUGAAAUAUGUGCAUUUGCUUCUUUGUAAUUAAUUAUUCCAAAUUGCUGCAACUAGUGCGUGAUCAGAGACAGCGUCCAGGAGAGCCGAUGUCCACACGGGGGGCAUUUUGCCUAGGGCCCUCACCCCUUCUUUCAAAUUAGGGGGUGAUUUAUGGGCACAGCAGGCAAGGGCAGUGUUCCCCAUUUCCUUGGGGCAACAAGGGAGGCUGCCUACUCCCAUAACAGCCUCUUAAUUACCCCGUGUGGGUCGGAGAGAUGGUAUUGUCGGCUAUCUUCCAAUGCACCCCCUAGUGGCCCCGGUUAAGAACAGUUUCAGGUUAAGAAUGGACCUCCAGAACAAAUUAAGUUCUUAACCUGAGGUACCACUGUACAGACAAGCAACAAGGAGCCUUAAGUAUUUCCCCCCUCAGAUGUGAGGACAUGUGUAACGUAUGAACACAUGUCCAUACGUUAAGCAGAAAAGCAGAAUAAUACACUGAACCAGUACUUUUGAUUGGUCCUUUGUCCUCUGGAGACAGGAACUGACAAGAAUCUCGGGCCUAGUGCUGAUAUUGAAGUGACUGGUGAAGUUAAGACAGGUUCGAAGGAUCCCUGAUCCCUUCAGAAGCUGUUAGCCUCUGACUCCCAUCAGCCCCAGUCAGCAUGGCCAAUAGUCAGGGCUGGAGCUGUAGUCCAGCAACAUCUCCCAUCCCUGGGUUAAGGGGUAGAGGAUUUUCAUAUGUAUCCUUCAUAGGAUGAAGAGGGGAGGAAGCCAGGCAAAGGUACCUAUUUCACCAAAGCAGGAUGCACACCUGUUGCCCUGAGUAGUGUUUCUGCAGACCUGACGACAGAUCUUUGGAUCAUGAUGCUUCAACAGCAUUCCCACCCACUUACUCUGGCUCCAGCUUGCUCCCACUGCUGGUGUUUGAAGUCAUGUGCACAUGACCUUAGCCACAAUCCAUAUCUAUCCUUUUUGAUGCAUUUUUCUUCAAACCAGCUUCCAUCCGAUUUGAAAAUGAACACAAUAUUCACUUUGCUCUUAAGCCAAGGUGUGCACAUUUUUGGCAGCCAUUGCACGUGUGCAGAUGACAGCUUCAUGAAUAGGUGUUUGGGAGGGAGUUGCAGGUGUGGGUUUUAAAAAAGAACAGUUAAUGAGCAUUGAGUAAAGACAUCCCCAUCCCUCUCUCUGCAGCAAUGUAGAAAUGUGGCUUAAAAUGCAGCAGUGGAUGAAACGACCUCACUGAGUAUUAAGCCUCUAAUGUUACAUGUCUUGGCCUGAGCUUCAUCUCUAUGUAACCAAAACAGUGUUGUCUACUGAAGUAGCAUGCAUAGGGUCGGUCCAUACAGGAGAUGGUUUGGAUUGGAUUGAAUAGGUGAGGGACGAAGCAAGAGGUGUGGCUCUCCAGAUGUAGUUGGACCACCACUCCCAUCAACUCUGACUGCUGGCCUUGCUGACUGUGGCUUGGGAGUCCAACAGCACCCAACAGGUUGCCCAUCUCUACACAGCACUACCAACCAAAAGGAACAUCUUAAAUUUGCAGCAGAGUCAGAACCUCUAUUUGGUGUGCUAGGAACAAAAAUUGGUGUGAUUGGUGUGAAGCAACAAAAAGAUUAAUAGCCUAAUUCUAGGUAAUUGUUCAAAAGCUCAUUCCCAGUGGGUUCAACUGAGCUGCAAGCUGUCAAAUCGCAAGCUGGAGAACAUGGCUGAACCUCCAUGUCCCCAUAUGCAACAGGAGAUGGGAGAGCUGCCUGCUCCACCCUCACCCCUGUCACCUCUCAUCUCACAAGCAGGACCUGGGGUUCACGGUACAGCAGUGGGGGAAAGGGCAGGUUUGCAUGCAGCUGCCUCCUCUGCUCUAUCAGGGUGCAUUUGUGUUCUCAGGAUAGCAACUUGGUACCCCUCCAAGGACUUAUUCCCUAGUCCUUAUGUUUAGGACUGCAUGGUAAAGUGUGGAGUACUUUGCAGGAAGCCCUGUCUUUAACCAAUGACACUUCACUUCUACAUCUGGAUAAGGGUUUUUAGGAUUGGCCUCUUAAAUAUGGUGAGAGAGAUCUGGUCUAGAUAAGUGCCCAUAGAUGGAGACUGGAGACAGGGUCUUCUUGGAAGAGGUGCAAUAGUGGACUACCUUCUCCAGCAAGCUUGCCAACACAAGCUUAGCACCAAGUGGGUCAUCUGUGACAGCUCAGAUUCCAGGUUGAUUUGAGGUUGUUGAAAGCUUUAAGGAGACUGGGUGCAUCCUGGGUGCAGACAAAGCCAAGCUUCUGCCCUUCCUUUCUUCCACUCUGUGCUUCCUUUUAAUCGUUUUCCUGUGACCACCCUAAUCUCUCAGCUGCCCUGGGUGGCCUGGUAGAAAUGGGCAGUGCAGGAUUCCAUAGUCUCUGUGGGGUUAGGACUUUAUUGAAAUUUGGAGCUAAAAAUAGCCUUCUUUUGCUCUAAGGGCUGUAUUAAAGGUCACAAGUGAGCUAAGUAUAGGCUGUCACCAAGUCGUUCCUAUAUAUAACUGUGCUGGAGCUCUAAAAGCGACCAUCUGUUAAUAAGAUCAUAUUGGCUAGGAUCAGAGAGUUUGAACACACACAGAGUUUAGGAGGCAGGGUGGAUUUUCUCUGGGGAAUGCACUGCCACAAGAAGGUGGGAAAGGCCACAUGCAUAAACUGAUGUCUGCAAGGAUUAAAUAAAUAAAUGGAGGGUAAAUGAGUGGCUGCUACCCAGGCCUAAGAUACCCUGAAAGGUAACAUUCUUACCUUUUGUGAUCAGACACUAAGGAUUAAUAGGGGAUGGAUACCAGCAUUAAUAGGGACGCGGGUGGCGCUGUGGGUUAAACCACAGAGCCUAGGACUUGCCAUUCAGAAGGUCGGCGGUUCGAAUCCCUGCGAAGGGGUGAGCUCCCAUUGCUCGGUUCCAGUUCCUGGCCACCUAGCAGUUCGAAAGCACUUCAAAGUGCAAGUAGAUAAAUAGGGAAGGUAAAUGGUGUUUCCUGGUUUGCCAGAAGUGGCGUUUCCUGGUUUGCCAGAAGUGGUUUAGUCAUGCUGGCCACAUGACCUGGAAGCUGUACGCCGGAUUCCUCCACCAAUAAAGCAAGAUGAGCACCGCAACCCCAGAGUCGGUCACGACUAGACCUAAUGGUCAGGGGUCCCUUUACCUUAACCUUUACCACCAUUUUGCCUGCUUGUAAACUUUGUGAGACAUCAGGUUGGCCACCAUCACCUUCAAUGUUUCUAGAUAGCACUGAUGACUCUUGACCAUUGCUCCUUUAAUAGCAAACUUGAGUGGAGUGUACAAAUAAGAUUACAGCCAAAAUGGGGCCACCAAGACAAGAAGAUAUUAGCAUGUUUGAACACUGAAGUUUGAAGGUGUACAAAGAUUUUUUUAAAAAAUAAAAACUUAAGGGGAUGUCUCAACCCCCCCCCCCCCCACACACAAAAGUGGGAAUUUGCACUUGACCCCUGUACAUAUAUUUCAAAGUUCUGGUGGAAUUCAGAUAUAUUUGAAAUGCUAGCAAACUGCUUGAUUGGAAAGGAGAGGGGGAGAUUUUCCUCUCCCACUCAGCUGCUGAAUGUAUGUCUGCAUGUGAGGAGGAGACUACAAAUGUCAAGACAUUUGACUGCCAUCAGCUUGCCUGAGGCUUAGUGACAGAUUUCAGUAUAGUCUGCUGCAUGUGAACAACAGGACACUUGCUGCCCCUGGGUAUGUUUUGGCCCCUCACACAGUCUGCCAGAGUGUUUACUGCUGAGAGCUGAGAAGAUCCGCUGUUACUGAGAGGAUUCCAAGCCACCCCUUGGAGAGCCCUUGCCAGGCAACAAAUGUGCUGCAUCUCUUCACUCAGGGGACUAUACCUUGUAAUGUCUCUUUUGACCUUGUAUGGAGCACCACAAGCUUUUCUUUAAUGAGGGCCUCACUCUUCCACAUUAAGAUCCAGAAGCAGAGCAUUGUUGCUGCCCACUGAAAAGCAGAUGACGCUUGCUUCUCCCAGGGCAUGUGCCAAGGAAACUCUUCUUGUGAACAAGCCUGAAUGUGAGCCAUCAUGAGUAGGGAACUUUUUCAACCUGAAGCACACAUUCCUGCACUGGCAACCAUCUGAGGGGUGGGCAGCACAUGCUAGGGGUGCGCAGGGCCAGAGGCAAGUGGGUGGAGUAAUGAGUGUGACUCUUCUGUUGGUACAGUAGGCUAUAUUCCUGCCAUGCAACAGUUGGAGAGUUCUUCGUUUGGAUGCAUUCAGUUUGGCACUUAAUAUAACCUUUCCACUAAUAACUGUGGCAGUAGCAAGAGUUGGGAACUUAUCAAAUUUAGCACACUCCACCUCCAAAAAAAUAACCCUGGGAACCCAGAUUAUCCUGUCUUCUGCUGUCUGAUUCCUAUUCUGGCAACAAGAUCAUGGUACAAUGCGCUGUAGUUUAGUCACCCUAGAAAAGCAACACUGUGUUCAGCAACCUUGGAUUAUAGCAGGUUGGGCUGUUAUAAUAUCAUUCAAAUAGUUUCCAAGACUUUGUAGCAAAAGCCACAAAAAUGCCUUCCAAGACGACCUGUUUAUUGAGCAUGCAUCCUGAUUUCUUGGCACAAAGUUUGUAAGGAUGUUAGAGGACAUUGGCUAUAUAUGAUUGAGGAUUCAUUAUGAUUUGUUUGCAGGGAGGUUACACAAUGUUGCAUCAGACACUAUCCCAGUGCCUUUCCCCAUUGCCGCUUUUAUCACAAAAAGUUGCGGGGGUGAGGAUUUGUUGUGCAAGAGCUCCAAAUUAGCAUUAAUUCUGCAACCGGAAUUUGCCAGUUUGUGAUUGAAUCCCACACAAAAAUAGUCUGGAAGUGCACAAAGAGUGCCGUUGCACUUUAAAGGCCAACCAGUUUGUUUCCAUGGUCUAGAGUCUAUUUCCUCAGAGACAUAAAGUGUUUAUCUAAAGGAGGAAAACGUAGAGUGGGGCCAAACGGCAAUGAAAUGCACCAAUUUCUAUUGUUGUGAAUGGUUAGUUUAACUGAAUUGUCCUAGAAUGUACUUUUUGCAUCUCAUUGCCAUAUGAUCCCACUCUUCAAAUAUUUCUCCACUUUUCACCCGCAUGCUCCAACUAAAGAUAACAUUUCAUGCACCUGCCAAAGUGGAUUCUACCAGCUAGCCCAUGAAAACUCUUCUCCUUUCAAUGCCCGCAGGGUUCUGGGAGAAGAGGGAUCUGGAAUAUUUUCUAAAGACACUGAGUCUGUCAACUGUUUUUCCCCUGAUGCUUCUUCCUCUUCCUGCUCCUCUCCCAUUAUUUACCAGCUUUUCACCUCAUCUGCCUCUGAGCUAUGACCUCCCAAAAGCCACCGUUGUAAAUCUAUACUGUCCUCCUCUAGAAGGGCCAGGCUGAGGAGGCGCUUCCCACCAUUCCCCCUCUGUCCAGUCCCUGACAAUAUGUGAGGUUUCUCAGAAUGUGGGCUUCAUGUGUUCCACAAAUACAGAUGGUACAUUUUAUGGAUCUUGAGACUGCUGUUACGAAAGCAACGAGCAAAGAAGGAUGCUGUGGCUCAAGGAAAUGGAUGAAAGUCCAAGAAGCAACUCUUUUUCUUGCUUUCUCCCAUUCAGAAAGAGAAUCCCGAGAGCAUGAGGACCCAACCACCUCAGAAAUGGCAGAAGAGACCUACCCUUCCAAACCGCACAGGAACAAGGGACACGUGCGCCUCCCUGAGUCAAAGGUAGAGGCCCUGAGGAAGGAUCGCAGGAAGAAGCUGACUUUAUCCAAGUUCGUUGGUGGGGCAGAAAACACGGCACACCCUCGCGUUGCUGCCCCUGAGCUGAGGCCAGAGUUUGAACUGGUAAGUGUGGUCCUUCCCUGUACCACAUGUGCCCUUGCCCUUCAUUCUCUUGCUCCAUGCCUGUCUCCUCCCCUCUUCCUACCAUCUAUGUUCCCACCAUAACUGCCAUGCCGGUAGAGGAUGGUUAGAGAGGGAUAUUGAUAAGUGGAAAACGUGGAGCUGGCGGGCACAAUUCUAGCUGCUAGUUUAAAGCCCACUCUGCAUAGUGACUCUUCCCUCCACCCACCUUCAUGUGCUCAGCCACCCACCACAUAAUGAAGCUGGUUUCCUCCAAGCAGUGCCAGUUCCAGGUUUUUGCCAGGCUAAGAUGCUCUGUGUGUGUGCCCAUUGCCUCACCACUAUUACCAAUGCCCAUGUGCUUGCCUCUUGGCUCAAUCUGCACAUCCUCACUGAGAUAAGCAUGCAGAAAACACUACUAAUCUUAAUGAAUUCUGCUUAAUCUGACCUUACCUUGGGAGUUCAGUGCUUCAUCCUCCUCAGCACCUGAUUGCUUUCUCUCCUCUUUUUUCAGGGCCCUUGCCGUAGACAGAUGGAGGCAUCGCUGCAGGAGCUCAAAUCAAGCCAGCGCAUGAUCCCCCGUGCCGUCCACCUUCCCAACUGUGACAGGAAAGGCUUCUACAAGAGGAAACAGGUAGAAGCUCUGCUUGGAGUCAAGCUCUGCUUUGUGGUCCAGGGGUACAGACAGCAGGGACUCUUCCCCAUCAAACAGCUUCGAGUCAAUUGACUCAGUCUCCUAACAGUUAUUUCACCACAAUAUCUAAACUGGUGUUCCUCAACCUUGGGCCCCCAAGGUGUUGUUGGGCAACAACUCCCAUCAUUCAAAGCUCACUUACCCAUUAGGGGUGGCAGGAGGUGUUGUUGUGAGCUUUGAAUGAUGGGAGUUGUAGUCCAACAACGUCUGAGGAUCCAAAGUUGAAGAACACUGGUCUGAACCAAGGUUGUGGCCUAUGGAUUUAUGCUCUGUACAAGCCAAGCAUUAUGUGGCGCAGGAGGUGAUUAAAUGAAUAAAAAAAAAUACGAUUGCAAGUGACACCAUUAGCAUCAUGUGUAGUUAGGAACCCAAGCAACCCUACAGGACAAUUGCCCACAUUUAAUUGCCCUAACCUACAUCUUGAUCCACCAAAAUUUGCAAGUGAUGAUGCUCAUCAUCUCCAUGCUGGAAAAAAUUUAUUUCUUCAGAUUAAACUGCAGUUAAAGGAGCAGGCUAGGCUGUUUCCUCCUCUCCCACCCCUUUACCCAGAAGCAAACUGUGCUUAUUUGGGGUUCUAGUCUAGUUAAGGCCUUAACCAGCAGGCCAGCUGGUUAACUCCCAGGUUAACUUCCUCCAAGGUGGGCAGGGGAUGUCUUCCUCUCAGGGGAGGCGUGACCAUCCCAGACGUCCUCCACUCACUCUCCACCCUUUUCAUCCUCCUCUCUCCAGUGCAAGCCAUCUCGGGGCCGAAAACGUGGACUGUGUUGGUGUGUGGAUAAGUACGGACUGAAGCUGCCAGGAACGGAUUACGUAGCCGGAGACCUCCAGUGUCACAACUUUGACAGUGGCAACACUGAGUGAAUUAUCCUUCUUUGCCUCUCCCUGCCAGAGCCCUUUCCCCCACCCACCCACCCAUUACCCACCCACACCUCACGACGUGCCCAGGAGACUGAUUCCUUUCAUCUCAUUUUAAGAAACUGAGGACCUCGGAAUCUACGGUUAUUAUCAUCAACUUCUCUCAAUGGCAACGGCAGAGACUAAAGAAAAGGCAACACUUUGAAGCCAAAUAAAUGGAUAAAUAGAGAAGGAAGAAAGGAAGGAAGGAAGGAGGCAGAAGAUGAAGAUGACAAGGCAGCCACCACCUCCCUUGGGACAUGGCUCUAAGAUAACUCUGUAGGCCUCCAUGCUUGAAAGUAUCGUCAUCCAGCCGCCCAGACAGCACCAAUGUAGGAAGCUCUCAGAAGCACUUGAAUUUUGUUUUUGUUUUCUUCCCCUCCCCCUUUUUUACUUUAGUGGGUUUGAAACCUUAAGAUUUGGGGAAGUACCUAGUUUAAGCAGCAGAAUCCUAGGACAAACAGGCCACUCACUAUUUCAAUCCACACACACACAUAAUAUAUAUAUUCUGUCAAGGUUCUUUUUUCAGUGUUGUCAUUUCUCUACUCCUUCCCCCCAGGGCUAAGGUUUUAUUUGCUCUCUCUCCCUUAUUUUCUUUUCAAAUAAAAAUCAAAUGGAUCAGAGAACAUCAGAACCUACAGCAGGGUGAAGUGAAGCCGUUGGUUAAAACUCAAAAUUCUUCAGGGACUGUUUCCCUGGGCAGUUAAGUAAGAGGUUUGACCUGAUUAUUUGAGGUGUCAUUGUCCAUCCCUCUCCUGUGUAAAUACAGCUGUGGUGCACAUGUUUACUCUUUGUUGAACAAGUCCCCUUUCUUCCAAGAAGAGUCCUUUGACCUCCGAUCACGUAAGAAGCCCCACAAACCUCUAUGCAGCUUCUUGUGUAAAUCAAAGGCAUUCAGGUUUGUUUAUUUGCAGGAUCAUGACCCAAGCUGAAGCAAUAGCAUGUCAGGUAUCCUGCAGGCACUUAAAGCAUAUUUUUCUUGUUGUCAAUUAUGUAAAUCGACAUGUGGAUAUCCACACAAUGCUGAGCAAUUAUUAUCACUCUCUACCCUUUAAUGUAAAGGUGAGGACAGGGGAAAUGACUCCUAUUAUUGUACUCGCAUAUACUAAAUCAUUGCCCUGAGCAAGGACAAUACAAAGCAGUUAAAACAUGAUUCAUAAAAUCAUGCACACUAGAUUUGUAAAUCUAGUCCACAGCUAAGGAAACUAUUUUGCCAUCUUUCAAUGUCUACGAAGUGACUGAGAGUAGGUUGAGACCUUUUUUUCCUGAAAGAGACUCUGAAAUUGCUGCAUGGCGGGCAGAAAUUCAGUACAUAUUAAUUUGUCCCCAUAAGUACAUCUUUUGUGCUGGAAAAAACUGCACCUGCUUAAUUUCUGCCUGUUGUGCCGCUGUCAGUCUCCGCCAGGAAAGAAGCAGCUAUGCAAACAAAUAAAAAAAUCACCCGCAGAAUCCAAUAAUUUGACAACUUUCAUGUCCAGGCUUGGGCAUGCCACUAAAGCCAUUUAAAAAUAUAUAUAUUAUUUAACAUUUUUUUAAACUCCUCAGUAUGUCUCCAUGGACAUUGCCAUGACAAGGAUCUUUCCUAUGCUCAGGAUGGUGAAUGAGAAUGCAAGAAAAUGACAAGAGGGAGAGAGAGAAAGGAUUACCCAUCCAAAGUCAGUCGCAUUAGAGGAAAAUCACCAAAAUAGUAGCCAUUAAGAAACAUGCAAUCCACUUGAGGGUGCAGAAGAAAUGGAACCCAUGGUGAUUUCCUGGAGAGGACACAAAGGAGUCGAGGACACUGGUGUGGUGGGCUGCAAGCACUUCUGGACAACAUGCUAAUCAGAAGCAUGGAGAGAGACAGAGAGAGGACCGGGGGUUUUGCUUGCAGGCAGAUGAGAAAGCCCACACUGCCUGCUGAGCGUCAGAAAAGAGCACUGUUGGUAGGAGAACCAGGAGGACACCCACAACAUGCUACAUGCACUACUAAGCACAGAAGAAAGGGAAAUGAGGAAUCGUCCUGGCAGAAUGGCUACAGCAUGAAAGUGACUGUGGUGGGUUUUUCUUCUAUCUAUCACCCCCUUCACUGCCAGCAGUGUUCAGAUCAGCUCUAGAACAAAGAUGAAAGCCAACAAACCAUUGGGGUCAUCCAGAGAUGUGAGAACUGGCCAAGAAAAUCUGGAUCAGGGAAUCCACAGAUUGGCUCUAUGGAGAUUUGAUUUGUCUUCUAUAGAAGAGAGCAGGGUGGGGAGAUUUCUCCACAUUUCUAUGUGCAAACACCCAUCCUUUUGUGCAGAGACAAGGAAAUAUGGAGAUGGAAACACACACACACACACACACAAAUCCUUCCAAGGUAAAAAGUCUAAUCAUCUUGGUGGAAUUCCUGCCCUAAAUUUCAACAUUGCAGACAAAGCCCACUCCAUCCUUUCACCUCCAUCUUUGAUCCAGAUUUUCUGGAAAGUGUAAAUGACUGCUAGAUAUUCCAGUUAUCCCCUCCCCUGGGCUUUGGCAGCAGUGGCGAGAUUUUUACCCUUUCUCCUCCGAAUCAAAGCUAAACCUACCACAAGCUCCUGUGUAACAGAAGGCUGAAUUGUGCUUUGACUGGAACAUUUGUUAUCACGAUGGGUGAGCCUAAGUCCCAUUUUCCCCACAACCCUGAUUUAGCAUGUGGAAAGGUAGAAAUCCCUUGUUGUUUACUACCUGCAUUUGGAUUGGAUUAUUUGGCUGUGCCUCUUUCGUAAACUGGAUAAGUCCUUGGAUGCUCUGCUGACAAUGCAAUCUGAACAAUAGACCCCUAGUUAGGUAGCUCUUUCCCAGUUCCCUGGCAACAAGAUCAUCUAUGUCAGUCAAGAGAGCUUGUAGGACAGAAGGAGCAUCAUGGUCCCUUUUAGAAAUUCUAUACUUACCAAGGUGGUAUAAUUGUGCUUCUGUGUCAACAAGUGUGUGAACUGGGUAAGGGAGCAAAUCUGUGGUAAUGAUGGAAAGGAGGGGCAGUGCCCUUGUUGCCUUGCUAUAGGCAACCUCAGAUGCUUCCCCCCCCCCCAACAAUGGCCAUAAUCCUGAUCUCCAUGAAAGACACCCAUGUGCAACAUUUGGGCUGUCCCUGAAGUCUUCUACAAAGUAGAAGGACAGAAAUUGUUUAACCAUUUCUUCUCAGGCUUUCAACAUGGUUCAUUCCUUUGGGCUGAUAAAUCACUUGUAUUGGGACUUGGUUGGUAAACGAAAGGUCCUGACCGCAUCUGUCCUUCCCCAUAGAAGAUUGUGUGGACAGCCCCAGUGGUGGGCAUUGGUCCCUUAGAUGUUCACACUUGGGAUUAUGGCCAGUAUUCCAAAAGGGGGAGACCUAAGGUAGCACCAAAAAUAAACUGUAUCUUGAGAACGAACUACCAUAAUGGCCAAGCCAGGAGAUCAGAAAUGGGGAACCUGGGGCUCUCCAGAUGUUGCUGGACUACAACUCCAGUCAUCUCUGACUAUUGGCCAGGCUGGCUGAAGCUAAUGGGAACUGGAGGCCAGCAGCAACUGGAGGGCUGCAUGGUCCCUGUCCUUGCAACAGAUUAUAUAAGGCUUUAAUCUGGUCCUGACAUUUCCAGGGGUAAUUCAUACAGGAGACUUCUCCAUUCUAGCCAUUACAGAGAGGGACAAAGUGGUCCUAUGAAACCUGGUGAUAUCUAUGCUACAGCAAAGCUCAGCAUUGGCUUCUUAUAUCUUUGGAAAAAAUGAGGUUCAGUAUGAACAAAGGCGAGAGGGAAUUCUGCCAUCUUCCAAAAGUGAGAACUGGAUCCAUUUUGUUUGCUCCAGGGCACGUAUGGUGCACUUUCUCUAGGUCUAAAGAAUACAUGGGGAAAGUCCAUGGUAGAAUGACUAUGGGCUGAGAAGAGGCUGGUGAACUUAAUCCCUUUGGAUUUAAAAACAAAUCUCUAUUGUCAAAAGAAGAUUUACAAGGAGGAAAGGACAGUGGAGCAGAGUGCACAUAUAAUCUACAUAGCAUAUAAAGGGGCAGGAGAUGUGCUGGGCACAUAAGAAAUUAUGGGAAAUUUACACUACAAAGUUAUGCUGAUUUUGUACCAAUUUAAUUGUCAUGGCUUUUGCCAAAGAAGCCUGUUCUUUUUUACAGUCCCUAAGGUUCCCUGAAAGGAGGGAGUGAUUCCUAAAUCAGUGUAAGUGUGUGGUGUAAAUAUAUAUCUUUACAGGGCAAUCCGUAACAUGUCUACUCAGGAAGAAGUCUCAUUGAGAUCAGAGGGACCUAUUCCCAGGUAAAUGGGUAAAGGAUUGCAGCCUUAGUUGCAUAAGAUGAAAGAAUGUUGCUAAAAUCCUUUUCUCUCCCCAAUUGGUAGAGUCAGUCUCUUGGUGCUCCUGGACUGGUUUCAACCAAAACCAUCUUUUAUCCUUCCUUCCUUCCUUCCUUCCUUCCUUCCUUCCUUCCUUCCUAACUUCCUAACUUCCUAACUUCCUUCCUUCCUUCCUUCUUGAUAUGUAUUUUUUUAUUAUUUCCUGAAACUUGAAAACCUUUCCCUAUAUAGAAAAUAAGAUCCCUUCUCACUCCGUAAACAGGGCAUGGAGAGAGCCACUUCAUCUCCCACUUCUCUUGGACACACACACACACUCACAGAGUACAGAUAUUGCAAGCAGGUGAGGGGGUUUGGAGUACAUAAUAUUCCCACCUAACUGCCAGCUCACAUUGUAAAAGGAUUUUCUCAUAAGCUCAAAGGAUGCCUUUGAGGACAGUUCCAUUACCUGGUUGCAAACUUUGCUGGCUACUGCAGUAGCAGAAACCAUUCCAAGUGCAUUGGCCACAGCUGAUUUUCCAGGAGAGAGCACAUCUUUCAUCCUUGCUGCUUAAGUAUGGAGAACCCAAAGCUGAUGUAGACUUUCACCAUUAGAAGAUCAACCUUCAUGGAUUUCUUAAAGCAGCACUCAAAAUCUCAGCUGAAAGGCAGGGAAGCAGCUGCCCCAGUCUCAAUCCUACAAAGCCAGUGCUUUUCUUUUUGGUUAAAAAAAAGAGGUGCUAGUACCCAUACAUAGAUAAAAGUCCAAGGGCAGCCCCCGCCCCCAAGUGAAUACUGUCACAAAAAGUUCACAGUGUUCUCAGGGAGGAGGGUUUUUAAAAAUAACACAACCCCUUUUCCUGACAGGCCCUGCAGAGCAGACUAGGGAAUCUUCCCAAACCUGAGUGUCACUUCCAUCAAAGUGAAAGCUCCCAAAGAGCCAUGCUCCCAUCAAAAGUGCUAAACGUGCCACCCUGGACCUUAAAAGUGGGUUGACAUUUUUAUGUGCCCUCAAGAGGCCUCGAGCUAACCACUGGUAUGACCUUUGCAGAGUUUGUAUGAUCACCUUUGCAUGAUCACCUCCUAAGAGCAGAAAGAAAACUGUGUUUGCAAACAGGCUGGUGACAACAUUGGGAAGACCAAAGUCUGUAGAACAUGGCUAGAAAUAGGACUGAGAACUUGGGCUACUUUAUCCAUCAUAUUCUUUCAUUCAUUCAUUCAUUCAUACCUAACAAACCUUCACAAUCCUAUAACUGUCAAAGGCAGAGGAACCUCUUUCCAACCUGUAGAUGCCAAGCCACUAUAGCAUAAGAGACUAUGGGGAAACAAAACCUGUUAGAACUGAUGCCGGCUUUAGAAGAAAAGUCCUGAACCUCAUUACUCUAAUAGCACCUGCUAUUAGAAUAAGUCUUUGUUCUUUACCCCUCCUACUAGUCCUUCAUUUCUAUUAGCCUUUUGUGUUACAUUGGUUACAGUGCCAACUUCUGGCAAGCCAUUCUCAAUAAUCUCCCCCAACCAUAAGCUACUGGUGAGUGACUCACACGACCCGCCAUGUUUUUUGACGCGUGCUCAAUUCCAUUAUGUUAUAAGCUUUGCCAUUGAAUGCACAGAUCUCCCUCCUUCCCUUUGGCUGGCGACUCUGUGCCUGAAUCGCUUUUCCUCUUCAGUUACCCAUGAUCCCCCAUAAAGACUCCAGCUGCCAUUGGUAGGAGAUGAAAGUUAUGCCACCUCAAGAGGAGGAUACUAUCUCCAUUGUUGACCAAGGAGAAAAGGCUCGCCCAGUUUACUUCCUUUAAGAAAGAGCUUUCCUGCCAGAGUAGUGAAUCAGGGUGGGAGGUGAUGAGAAAAAAGAUUUAAAAGACAACGCGGUGGGGGAGUCCCCUUCAGAGACAUUGAUCUCAGAGACUGUGCACAGGGAAAGUGUGGAGAACGUUUUGGAGGCAAUUGGUGAGAUACCUUUCAUCUCCAAAGCAGCUUUCACUUUCGAUCUUUGUGAGUGGGAUUCAGGAGCAUAUAGAGAUCUUUAAAGUCUUAGAAGGUCCCACUGCAGCUGAUGCAGGUCACAUGCAUAUCCUAUGUUUGAAUCACAUGGCUUCCUGCAAUCCUGGGAAUGAGAGUUUCUUGCUCUCAGAGCUGCAAUUCCUAGCACUCAACUCUCUUGGGGGGUGGGGAGGAAACCACAGGCUUUAGACAUGGUUUAAAUAUACGGUGUGGAUGUCACCAUAGCCUACGAACGACAAUAUCCAGGGGAGCAAAGACCUCCUUUCAAGCUGAGAUAUUCCUUGUCACUGUUGCAGAGGACAGUUUUAUUUUGAAACCACUAGUACAAGAGCAUAUUGCACUAUUUCUCCACUUCAUCUCUCUCUCUCUCUCUCUCUCUCUCUCUCUCUCUUUCUGUCUUUCAACAGAGCAUCUAUAACUUCAGCAGUUGACAGGUCACUGCAGUCCCAGGCCACCUUCCUGGUAUGAGCAUCCCAGAUAAUGCCCAGGGAGGAGAGGGGGGGCUUGCAGCACUCCCAACUUCCAACUCCACCCACUCUCAGCCCCUCCCACAACACCACUGGGACAGCUCUUCUACAAUGCAGUUAUUGCCCUCAGUAGCACAGUUAACAAUACACACAUGAUUCCGAGUAUCCUACCUGGUUUUUAAUCAUUACGCAGAAUUAUUCACUACACAUUUUACGGUAGCUUUUAAUAGCUUUACAUACAUACAGUAGCUCUGUGGAUAUUUUUUUUUCUUUUGCAGUAAACAAAAAAUAUUCAUACUCUUACCGGUGGGGGGCGGGGGGAGCAGUUUGUGAAAAAACUGACAAUGGAUGAGGAGUGUAAUUGCUCUGUUUAGCAUUUUGUACUUUAAAAAAAAAAAGAAUCUCACAUUUUAUUAAAAAGUGAAGAUUGCUGUAUACUAUUUAUUCAACUUAUAAUUUAUGUUACUCUUUGAUCUUUGUCUUUUCUUAUGACAAAGCAUUUAUUUAAUAAAGUUAUGCAUUCAGUU